UAAAGCUCGGUGUAGAUCUCCCGUGAAUGGGAUGCUGCAGGUGUGGAAUGAAGGUUUUACUGAUAAGAAUACUUUGAAAAGCUUUAGAUAAAAUAUAUUUGUCGAGCAUGCUUCGCUCGAUGCUUAGCACACACAUCAUACAUGCAGCUGGUCGAGCCACGCCCUUUUUUAGAACAUGUCACCAAACAAAAGAAUUUAAAUAAUUCCUUGUUUUGGAUUUGACAGUUGUGAGCGUUGCCUUAUCCGGUAAAUUAUUUAAUCCUUCAGAGAUAAUUUUGACCAUUAAACAAUGCCUUUCGCGAGGGAGGAGAAACAUAAUGCAAAAUCUGCCAAGUAUAAUGACAAAGAACCGGAAAAAGACGUGCGUUCGCCUGUCGAAAACGGUCACGAUUUGAUAGAAGACGAAGCAAGUCAAUCACACGACUGUUGCUAUCCGAGAGGGUGCACAUCAUCGGAUUUGAAGACAUCCUGUGAUUCUGUUCAUUUCUUUUGUAGUAACGACCAAUGCGACAAGAGUGGUUUUAUGCACCCUGAGUGUGCGGACGCGUUUGAAGAAGACCUGAUCGCAUAUUGUCGAAAUCUAGGUAGAGCGCGAGGUUGGUCCGAGAAACAAAGAUAUCAGAAUAUCUGGACUAAAAAAGGCUACGAUCUCGUUUCUAAACGUUGUGCUUGUUCUUGCGGCAAGGGCUAUUUAAAAAAAGAUUUAGAUUAUAAACCUGCCGAAGAAGAAGAGAGUUUUCAACAGGUAACAUCCAAGCGGAAAAAAGGCAAAAACAACCAGUAUACAUUGCUGUCUGUCUCGCCCAAUUGCAACAACGCCCCGACUAUGCAUAAGAUACAACAAAGAAAGUUAAGCCUGUCUCCCACUGAUGUUCAUCAUAACCAUAAAUCUCCUAGUAGAAGAAGGUCUAACUCGAAAUCCAAAGAUAUAUUUCAAUUUCCAACCUUGUCUAAGCUAGGAGACCAAUGUGUCACCUCCAGCUUUCCCUGGCGUACUGAUUUUGGUACUAUGGUAAAGAACCUACCUCGACAGAAGGUCAACCCAUGUCACAUAAAAAUGGAUGAUGAUUUUUCCCAAAGUGACGAUCCGCGAUCCAUUAUACUGAAAGCACUUGUCUCUAACUGUCAGACAGCAGUAAGAUGUGUUACAUGUAAUAGAGAUCUGCCUGUGUUUGCUAAUUACCCACUUCUUGAUGGUACCUUCUUUUUGUCUCCCAAAGAACUGACACCUGGUUGUAUUGCAUUGGAAAUCCAAUCUCGCAUGCUCUUCCUGACUGCAGUAUGCAUGCAUUGUUUACAAGGCACACCUCAAGCUGUGAAGUGUAAAUUCUGCAAUACCAAAUGGGAUGGUUCACACCACCAGAUUGGUACACUAUACUGGUAUGAUAUCUUUGCAGCUGCACCAUGUUGUGAUAGACGAGUCGAAUGCAGGAAGUGUGGUAAGCCAGUUAGGAAUCCUGAAAAUGGAAAGCAAUAUUUCUCUGAUUAUUCGCGUCAAUUUGAGUGCCCUCAUUGCUCCUACAUUGAUUGCCAUUAUGUGAAACCUCUGACUUUAUAUAAGCUUGCUAAUUGAGUAUCCUGUGAACUAAUCCUAGUAAACAUACUUGGUGAUGAACAUACAAGGACGUUAAUGAACAUCUUAGGACAUGAAUGAGAUUCUAGGAAAUGAAUGUUUACUAUGAUUUCAACUUUUGAGCCUGGACAAACCAAGACAUUUGCCUUGUAUAUUUUGAAUCCCAUUUCAAGACUUUUUUCGUCGUGCAAGAAAAACCUGUCUUUGCACUUUAAGAAACUGCGUGUUUGACUGUCAAAGCAUAUUGAUGGCAAAGCUGGUAAAUAGCUGGCUAUUACCAUUUUUGUUCAUGAUCUUAAAUGCUAAUCUCAGAACUAUUUAUUUCCUCUCUGCUACAUUUAUUUAUUUGUGAGAAAUUAUACAUUUUUAUUUUGAUUAAAUAUCAACUAUAUAAAAUUUCUUCA